CCCCCUUACACUUUACCAAUAUGGAUUCCAAAAACAAAUACACGGUUCUUCUUCCAACAUAUAAUGAGCGAGAUAAUCUUCCGAUUAUUGUAUGGCUUUUAAUGAAAUACUUUUCUGAAAGUGGUCAUGACUUUGAAAUUAUCAUCAUUGAUGAUGGCAGCCCAGAUGGAACACUGGAUGUUGCUAAAGAGCUUCAGAGAAUAUAUGGUGAAGAACACAUUAUUUUAAGACCAAGAGCAAAGAAGCUUGGACUUGGUACAGCUUAUAUCCAUGGAAUAAAACAUGCCACUGGAAACUUCAUUAUCCUCAUGGAUGCAGACAUGUCUCAUCAUCCAAAAUUUAUUCCUCAGUUGAUCAAAAAGCAGCUCGAGAAAGACUACGACAUAGUGCUGGGGACACGGUACAGUGGUGAUGGAGGAGUGUUUGGCUGGGAUCUCAAGAGAAAAUGUAUCAGUCGGGGUGCUAAUUACAUCACUCAAGUUCUGUUGCGACCUGGGGCUUCUGACGUGACGGGAAGUUUUAGGUUAUACAAGAAAGAUGUACUGGAGAGACUGAUUCACUCGUGUCAGUCGAAGGGCUACGUCUUCCAGAUAGAGAUGAUCAUUCGAGCCAGGCAGUUUGGAUAUUCUAUCGGGGAGGUGCCAAUCUCAUUUGUUGAUAGAGUGUUUGGAGAAUCUAAACUUGGUGGAAGUGAAAUUGCAGAAUGGAUCAAAGGAAUACUUUACUUGUUCGCCACAACGUAGCAUAUAUUUCACUGUGAAUAAAACUGUUAAUUCUU